GUACGGGGCGCGGGGCGCAUGAAGGACGCGAACAUCCACCGAGCUGCCUCAUUUAAGACGCUGCAGCGCUGAAAAGCGUUUUGGACUCGCCUUUGGUUUCUAUGUGCGCGUAUUUUCCUGCCAACCUUGGGUGGUUUUUAUUUCUUACCCAACGGGAGGUUUGUUUUCUGCCAUGAUGCUCGGAUUUCGAAGGAUAAUUUGCUCCAAACUCUGGAUUAAACCGGGAUUUCUGCGGGAAUAACUAAAGAGGAAACAGAGCAAACCUGUCUAUUGAGAAGCUGCUUUCAGGCUGGAGAAAUGGAGCUUAUUCCUGCUGUGUUUCUUAUUGCUUUUUUAGUUUGGGCUGAAGGCUCCUCUCUGCCUCACUCCGGUCAUCAUUCUCUGAAGAAAACCUUCGGCGCUUCGUCCAAAGACUCGCUGUGCAGCCACAUGCUGAAGCAUCUCCACAACGGAGCCCGAAUCACCGUGCAGAUGCCUCCCAUCGUGGAGGGCCACUGGGUGUCCUCCAGCUGUGAGGUGAGACCUGGCCCAGAGUUUCUGACCCGCUCCUACAGGUUUUACCCCAACAACACCUUCCAGGCCCACCAGUUUUACUACGAAGACAACCACUGCACCAAACCCACCUACACGCUGGUCAUCAGCGGCCGCCUGCGCCUGCGCCAGGCCUCCUGGAUAGUCCGGGGCGGCACAGAGGCAGAGUACCAACUGCACCAGGUCCAGACCGUGCCUCACACCACCGCUAAGGCCAAAGAGCUGAACGAGCGGCUCGGUCGUAUUUGCAGGGGGGCCGCGAGGGGCCCCUGGGAGCCCGGCUUGAUGUAUGAGCUGUGGAACGAAGAGGGAGGCUUCGACUGCUCCAAAGAGCUGAACUUCACCAUGCAUGAGCUGCAGCUGCUGCGGGUGGAGAAGCAGUACCUGCAUCACAACCUGGAUCACCUGGUGGAGGAGCUGUUCCUGGGAGACAUCCACACUGAGCCGUCGCAGAGGCUCUACUACAAACCGUCCAGCUACCAGAUCCCCCUGCAGAACGCCAAGAACCACGACCACGGCUGCAUCGUCUGCCGGAUCAUCUACCGCUCGGACGAGUUCCACCCGCCCAUCCUGCCGCCGCGGGCCGACCUCACCGUGGGCCUCUACGGCCAGUGGGUCAGCCAGCGCUGCGAAGUGCGGCCCGAGGUCCUCUUCCUCACCCGCCACUUCGUCUUCCACGACAGCAACCACACCUGGGAGGGCCACUACUACCACUACUCCGACCCCACCUGCAAACACCCCACCUUCACCAUCUAUGCCCAGGGCCGCUACAGCCGAGGCCUGGCCUCCAGAAGCGUCAUGGGAGGGACCGACUUUAUCUUCAAAGUGAACCACAUGAGAGUGACGCCCAUGGAUCUGGCCACCACCUCCCUCCUCAACGUCUUCAAAGGCGACGAGUGCGGCGUUCAGGGCUCGUGGCAGGUCGGGGUGGAGCAGGACGUCACUGUCACCAACGGCUGCGUGGCGCUCGGCAUCCGCCUCCCCCACACGGAGUACGAGCUCUUCCACAUGGAGCAGGACGCCCACGGCCGCUACCUGCUCUACAACGGCCAGCGCCCCAGCGACGGCACCAGCCCGGACCGCCCCGAGAAGAGAGCCAGCUCCUACCAGAUGCCCCUGGUCCAGUGCUCGUCCAGCAGCCAGCGGUCCGACAGCAGCGGGGGGGACGAUGACGCCGAGCAGACUCAGCAGCGCCACAACGGCGGCUCAGGGCGGCACGCCGGCCGCAGCGGAUGUGUCGCCGUACUACUGGUCACUGCUCUGAUGCGACUUUGCCAGAGCUAGAGACGGCAGUAAAGGCGUUUUCUUUCUACAACAAACAGUGGGACUUAACAGCAAUAACUCAUCUACUUAGCAGGAACGUAUUAUGCAAAAUUCACAUUUUUGCAGAUUUUUGUACUUCCGUUUGGGUCUAAACUGCUUCUUAAAACAACCCAAAGCGGCUAAAAAUAAAAUAAAAACAACCAGACGAUUUUUGACAAUAAGUUUAUGCUUUUUGGUGUCUGGAAAAUGAGCCGUUUCAAAAACCUCCGGAAUGUAACGUCACAAAUCAACAGACCUGUUACCUAGCAACCCCAGAGGAGUUCCGCCUGUUACCCAGCAACACCUGCGAAGUUCCAGCCCGUUUGAUCAGCUGGUUUUACCGCUGGGCAAUGGCUCCUGGACAAGACAAGAGUUUUGUUAUUGACUUACCGUCCAGAAACCACUUGCUGCAUUCUUGUUGGUUGUGCAGGAGGCUCUACUAAUGCUUUUCAAAGAUCUUAUGUUGUAUAACUGCGCAUAAGUUUGUACCCACUUUGACGUGUGACUGUAAAAGUUGAGUUGGGGCGUGGCCAGCAGCAGCUUAUUUGGAUUUAAAGUGGCUAGAGGCCCUAAAGCAGCUCAUAAUAGAAUGAUUUUGUGCAUAGAAAUGUAAUUGCCAUGUUUUGAAUAGUCCAGAGACUUAUCCUAAUCUGUUUAAGAAAGCAUAAUAAAUGUUUUGUUUGGAUACAGAGGGUGAGAACUGAACUCCUCCCUACCAAAGACUUGACACUGCUGCUCUGCAGGAACUGCACUUUAGAGUGAAUCCACGCGACUGUGGAUCCACAACUAGAUUAAAAAUCUCUUUAUUCCUACAGAAUUGAGAUUAUGUUUGUUUUCUGCAUCGUUUUUAUCCAGAACUCGUCACGUUGUGGGUUCUUACAGCAAAAAGCAGAGGCUGGUGAGUGGAAACAUUUUCUAGACAAAUCAUGUCUUCAGGAGAAAAACUCAAUAGAUUCUGUUGACUGUAAAACAAAUUUAAAAAAGUGAGCCGCUGCAUUUUCACAGGUUAAUUUUAGAUAAGGAUAUAUAAAGUCAAUUUGUUUUAGCAAUUUUAUUCAAAAGUAAAACUUGUUUUUGAACCAUUUCUCAGAAAGUUGGGGUUGGGGUUACAUAUAACCAGGAUUUUUCAAAAUAUAUAUUUCAAUUUAGACUUUUACUUACCCAAAAAGGAGCUGGAAAACUAGUGGUGGUCACACUUCUGCUAAGCUGCUAACACCAGAGCUAAUUUUUGCUCACUCUUUCAACUUCCACUAAAUUUAUUUCUUGUCUUUCACUAAGUGAAUUUUUCCAGCUAAAUUUGCUAAUUUACGUGACUGUUUUAUAAACUUUAAGUUGAAUAAAGUUUGGAAUCUGUUGAAUUUAGUUUUUUUGUUUUUUAUAGUUGAGAAUUUUUCAAGUAGUUUAACGUUUACUCUUACUUUGAAAGGGGAGAAAACUACUUUUGCAGCAGUUCUGUUUCCUCUCCCUUUUUUUCUCAAUAACUUUGUCAAACAAGAAAAACACAACAGAAUGCAAAAGGACAGAUAAACUUAUAAUGUUAAAAUUAAAUUGUUGCUGAAAGGUUGUAGUCUUUCAAGGACAGAUAUUAGCAGCUAAAUACAGUAUUGGUGUAGUACUUUAGCGUUAGCAAAGCUACCACCACUGGAUGUAACACUGAAGAUGUUCUAACAAAACAACCAGGAUGAUACCUGGAGGUUCUCUCUGUUUCAGCUUACAGGCUUAGUUCAGAAUCGCAAGCUGCUUUUUCAACCAGUUUUUCCUUCCACUAAACUUCCCAUUGAAAACAACAAACCUAUGUGGCAAAUCAGUAACAAUUUGCAUGUAAUAACUCUUAAGAAUGUGUCUUAAUUUUUUUUUACUUAAAUGUGAAAGAAUAAACUAAUGUAUUUAACUUGAUUAAAGACAACUUUACAUCAAAGCUUAAAUUGGCAAGAUAAUUUUUUUGUUCAAGUUUUUUUAAUAAGGCUUUUGUUGAAAAACUUUUUAAAAGUCGUUUAGUUAUUAAUAAAACAGUCAGCGGUCUUUCACAUUGGUUAAUAGUCACUGCAUUGUGCAUUUUUAUCAGCAUUUUGUAUAAUUAGCAAAAUCAGAAACAAUUCAUACAGUGCAAUAAACCUACAGUACAAAUCUUGAAAUUAACUUUUUGAAAGCAAUUGCUGAAAUAAAUGAAGUCGUAUGGAUUCCGA